UCUCGUAGGAAACAGCUGAAGGUGGGGCGAAUCGGGAGUUUCGCUGUGAAUAUGCAAAGCCACCAGCCGCCCGUGACGCUCUUCAUGUGCUCGUUUCUGGUAGUUUACGAUUUUUGUAUCCAUCAGCGUCUCAAUGCAAAUAAACAGCCGGAGCGCGUGUGUUGAGGUGUGACUGUCUGAGGGACACUGCAGCGCGCGCUUCAGUGUGUUACAUGAUUGUAGGUGCUGAAAUCAAACCUGCUGCGUAAAUCUACACCGAGAGACACGCUGUAUUGUGUCAUAUGGAGAAAACCAGAGGAGCUCUGCCACGGAAAGGUAUCCAGUAUCAGUCGUAGCCACACCCUAAAGCUGAUCCAUUGAAGACCACCCUGAUCAAAGGAAGAUUCUAGUUUUGUAUGAAUGUGAGAGGAUGCAAGAGACUGUCGAAGGGUCUGAUCAAAGCGUGCACUGACCCGAGACGCCGGUCAACAUCAGGUAUCCAUGAGGACCGAACAGGAAGGAGAUGGAAGCGGUCGCUCGUAGCGUUACCUUACACACUGUGGCUUCUGCGUAGAGAAUAAACCCUUGUGCUCGCGUUUGGCCUCUCAGUCCUGUCCCGCUGUGUUCUGCCAUUCAAGCAUGGGGCACAUUGUGGAUUUAGCUUUGCAAAAGAUGUGGCUCUUCUGUGCUCUGCUGGUUCUGUCCCAGUUCACGGGCAGCCUGGGCAUCCACAUGGAUUCGGUGGGCAGUCACAGCAUGUUCACCUGCGAGUCAAUCGGCCUCCGAAUGUGCCAGGAUCUCCCCUACAACACCACCUUCAUGCCCAACCUCCUCAACCACUACGACCAGCAGACCGCCGCUCUGGCGAUGGAGCCCUUCCACCCCAUGGUGAACCUGCAGUGCUCUCCAGAUCUCAGGCCAUUCCUGUGUGCCCUGUAUGCCCCCGUGUGUAUGGAGUACGGACGGGUGUCUCUGCCGUGCCGGAGCCUGUGCACACAUGCCAAGAGAGACUGCCAGAAGCUCAUGGACAUGUUUGGAGUCACCUGGCCCGAGGAGACGGAGUGCAGCAGGUUCCCAGACUGUGAUGAGUCUUACCCUCGUGCUGUAGAUCUGCUCGUGGAUGAGGAUCCGACUGACCAGUCGUCCAUGUCUGUUCAGCGUGACUAUGGCUUCUGGUGCCCCCGCGAGCUCAAAGUGGAGCCCGAGCUCGGCUACAUGUUUCUCGGUGUGCGCGACUGCUCCCCUCCCUGUCCCAACAUGUACUUCCGACGCGAGGAGCUCACCUUCGCCCGCUACUUCAUUGGCGUUGUCUCCAUCGUCUGCCUCUCGGCCACGCUCUUCACCUUCCUCACCUUCCUCCUCGACGUCACACGCUUCCGCUACCCGGAGCGGCCCAUCAUCUUCUACGCCGUCUGCUACAUGAUGGUUUCGCUGGUGUUUUUCCUGGGCUUUCUGCUGGAGGAUCGUGUAGCGUGUAAUGCAGCCAGUCCCAGCCACUACAAAACGUCCACAGUGACUCAAGGCUCGCAUAACAAGGCCUGCACGCUGCUUUUUAUGGUGCUGUACUUCUUUACCAUGGCGGGAAGCGUUUGGUGGGUCAUCCUUACCAUCACCUGGUUCUUGGCUGCCGUUCCCAAAUGGGGCAGUGAAGCCAUCGAGAAGAAGGCGUUGCUCUUCCACGCCAGCGCGUGGGGAAUACCUGGCAUGCUAACCAUAACUCUGCUGGCUCUGAAUAAGAUCGAGGGUGAUAACAUUAGCGGUGUGUGUUUUGUGGGCCUGUACGAUGUUCACACCCUCCGCUGGUUCGUGCUGGCGCCGCUCUGUCUGGACGUCCUGGUGGGAGUGUCACUGCUGCUGGCCGGGAUCGUAGCGCUCAACAGGGUCCGAAUGGAGAUUCCUCUGGAGAAGGAGAAUCAGGACAAGCUGGUGAAGUUCAUGAUCCGGAUCGGUGUGUUCUCGGUGCUGUAUCUGGUGCCGCUGCUGACCGUGGUGGGCUGUUACCUGUAUGAACAGACGUACCGCUCCAUUUGGGAGACCACAUGGGUGCAGGAGCGCUGCAGAGACUACCACAUACCCUGCCCGUUCCAGGUGGAGCAGACCAGCAGGCCUGACCUCGUCCUGUUCCUCAUGAAGUACCUGAUGGUGCUGGUGGUUGGGAUCCCGUCGGUGUUCUGGGUGGGCAGUAAGAAGACCUGCUUCGAGUGGGCCAGCUUCUUCCACGGCCGCAGGCAGAAAGACAGCGGCGCGGUGAACGAGAGCCGGCAGGUUCUGCAGGAGCCAGACUUUGCUCAGUCUCUGCUGCGAGACCCGAAUACUCCAAUCAUCCGUAAAUCCCGUGGGACGUCCACUCAGGGCACGUCCACCCACGCCUCCUCCACACACCUGGCCAUGCUGGACGACGUGCGGAGCAAAGCCAGCAGUGUCCACAGCAAGAUGAGCAGCUAUCAUGGCAGCCUGCAUCGCUCCAGAGACGGCAGGUUCACCCCCUCCAGCCACAGAGGCAUGGAGGAACGCCCGGCGUACGGGAGCAUGCCGCGACUCAACGAGCAGCUGUCCCAUCACAGCAGCCUUCACCGCCUCGAGAGCCAGUCCAGACACGGCAGCGCCCGAGACCUGAGCGACGCGCCGGCCGCCAGCAUCACGCACGCAUCCAGUGUGAACCGCCUGGCGGAGGAGGACGGGACAAGUGCGUCACCCAGAGACUGACCUCCGCCUACUGACACGAGAGGCAUGGGAGAGUCCCUGUCCAGUAGCCGCAAAACAGACAGACGUGUUUUUGGCAGCAGCAGGGAAUCAGAAACUCGAUGCACGUGUGUUAACAGAGCCGUCCUCUGGAUUUGUUCCAUUAGUGGUGCACCUAAGUGACGAGAUAUGUUUUCUUAGAUACUGUGAAGUCCUCACAAAUGAACUCA